GAGAGAGAGCCUGACAAUGCAAUCAUAUCAUCACCAUCUCUGUCUACAUACAUACAUUUUGUGAGAGGGAGAGACUGUGUGUUACUUGUGGGUGGGUGUUAGUGAAGUGAGGGAUGUUGGUUGGUUGGUUUGGUUGCUUCCCAAUCGAAGAUUAUAGAUAGGAUCGAUUUACGCUUUCAUUCAGGGAAGGGGGGAGGGAGGAGGAGUUGGUUGCUCGGUUUGGGGUUUUUUCCCGUCACCAUCGAUCCUCAUCAUCAUCACGGUCAUUCUCAUAGUCCUCACGUCGCUCGCCUAAUCUACCUUCCUUCUUCCCCAUCAUAUACAUCAUUCUCUCUCGCCUCGCCCUCUCUCUCUCCCUCUCUCGCUACAUGUGUCUAUAGGGAUAGAAAUAUAUAUCUGUUGGACGAUCAGAAAAUUGCAGAGUGGAAGGAAGAAUUGGACAGAGAGAGAGAGAGAUGGCUGCUCUAGUGCCACACCCCGUGAAAGAGCAAUUACCUGGAGUCGACUUCUGUGUUAACAGCAAUCCUGCUUGGCCUGCAGCCAUAAUUGUGGGUUUUCAGCACUACAUAGUAAUGCUUGGGACUACUGUUCUCAUCCCCUCCAUCAUCGUUCCUCUAAUGGGUGGUGGCAACCGUGAGAAGGCAGAAGUGAUCCAGACUUUGCUAUUCGUUGCUGGAAUCAACACUCUGUUGCAAACUUGGUUUGGAACUCGGCUUCCUGUGGUGAUAGGAGCCUCAUACGCAUUUGUUUUUCCAGCUCUCUUUGUUGUUUUGUCCAAUAGAUAUAGUACCUACAUUGAUCCUCAUGAUAGGUUUAGAAGGUCAAUGAGAGGAAUACAAGGAGCUCUCCUGAUCGCAUCCGUUCUCCCAAUAUUAGCUGGUUUCUUUGGUGUCUGGAGAAUUUUGGUGAGGUUACUAUGUCCUCUGUCUUCUGUUCCUCUUAUUACAUUAGUUGGACUUGGACUCUAUGCGCAUGGUUUCCCACAGUUGGCACAAUGUGUUGAGAUUGGGCUUCCAGAGUUGAUUAUACUGAUUAUUUUAUCUCAGUACAUUCCUCAGUAUAUAAAAACCAAAGGAGGCAUAUUUGAGCGUUUUUUUGAACGAUAUGCUGUCCUAAUAUCAAUAGCAAUUGUAUGGGCGUAUGCAGCACUUCUGACUGCAGCAGGUGCAUACAAAAAUAGACCUCCAAAUACUCAGUUUAGUUGCCGUGUUGACCGUGCUGGGCUAAUAGGUGGUGCUCCUUGGAUAAGGUUUCCAUAUCCAUGGCAAUGGGGAGCUCCGACUGUAAAUGCCGGGGAAGUUUUUGUGAUGGCAGCUGCAGCAUUUGUUGCUCUUAUUGAGUCUACUGGGGCAUUUAAAGCAGCGGCAAGAUAUGGGAGUGCUACACCUAUUCCACCUUCUGUCAUUAGCCGUGGUGCUGGGUGGCUGGGAAUAGCCAUUUUACUGGAUGGUUUCUUUGGUACUGUCAGUGGCUCAACUGUAUCAGUUGAAAAUGUAGGUCUUUUGGCACUCACACGGGUUGGAAGCCGAAGAGUGGUACAAAUAUCAGCUGUAUUCAUGAUUUUCUUUUCUAUAUUUGGAAAAUUUGGAGCUGUUCUUGCAUCUAUACCGUUGCCAAUCUUCGGAGCUCUGUACUGCAUCUUGUUUGGCUAUGUGUCUUCAGCUGGUCUUGGUUUACUUCAGUACUGCAACCUCAACAGCUUUAGAACAAUGUUUAUAAUCGGCUUCUCACUCUUCAUGGGGCUCUCAGUGCCACAAUACUUCAAUGGGUACGUGGUGACUUCUGGCCAUGGUCCUGUUCACACUCGAUCAUCGUGGUUUAAUGAAAUCAUGCAAGUGAUUUUCACAUCCCCGGCCACAGUGGCAGCUAUUGUCGGUGUUUUCCUGGACUCCACAAUUGCCCGUCGCCACAGCUUGACUCGAGUUGACAGUGGCAGGCACUGGUGGGAGAAGUUCAGGUACUUCGAUAAAGAUCCCAGAAGUGAAGAAUUCUAUGCACUCCCCUGGGGCCUUUCCAGACACUUCCCUUCUGUCUAGCCUUUUGGAUUCUGGCACCAAGAAAAGAGGAGGAGGAAUAUUAAUUUUGUUCAAUCUCUUUGUGUCAAUAUAUACCGUGGUGUUUCUUGAACUCGGAAUAACAGAAAGAAGGAAAUAAUCAUGGUAUAGCACACUUUAUAUGGAGGGGAUGGCAAAACAGAUUAACUUGAUAUGAA